AUGGCCGCCUCGCCCGGCUCGGGCAGCGCCAACCCGCGGAAGUUCAGUGAGAAGAUCGCGCUGCACACGCAGCGGCAGGCCGAGGAGACGCGGGCCUUCGAGCAGCUCAUGACCGACCUCACCCUGUCCCGGGUUCAGUUUCAGAAGCUUCAGCAGCUGCGCCUUACACAGUACCACGGGGGAUCCUUACCUAAUGUGAGCCAGCUGCGGAGCGGUGUGUCAGACUUCCAGCCGUCACUUCCUCAAGCUGAUACUGCUCGUGGAACCCGCCACCAUGGGCUGGUGGAGAGGCCGGCCCGGAACCGCUUCCACCCCCUUCACCGAAGGUCUGGGGACAAGCCAGGGAGACAGUUCGAUGGAAAUACUUUCAUAGCCAGUUAUGCUUCGCAGCCCCUGGAUGAGAGCUGGCCACGGCAACAGCCUCCUUGGAAAGAGGAAAAGCAUCCUGGAUUCAGGCUAACAUCUGCACUUAACAGGACCAAUUCUGAUUCUGCUCUUCACACGAGUGCUCUGAGCACCAAACCCCAGGACCCCUAUGGAGGAGGAGGCCAGUCAGCCUGGCCUGCCCCAUACAUGGGCUUCUGUGAUGGUGAAAAUGAUGGCCAUGGGGAAGUAGCAGCCUUCCCGGGUCCACUGAAGGAAGAGAACCUGUUAAAUGUCCCGAAGCCACUGCCUAAACAACUGUGGGAGACCAAGGAGAUGCAAUCCCUGUCCGGGCGCCCUCGAUCCUGUGAUGUUGGAGGUGGCAAUGCUUUUCCACAUAAUGGCCAAAACACAGGCCUCUCACCGUUCCUGGGGACCCUGAACACUGGAGGGUCGUUACCAGAUCUAACCAACCUCCACUACUCAGCACCCCUGCCAGCCUCCCUGGACACCAGCGACCACCUCUUUGGUAGCAUGAGUAUGGGGAACAGUGUGGGCAACCUUCCAGCUGCUAUGACUCACCUGGGGAUAAGAAACUCUUCUGGUCUCCAGAGUUCUCGAAGUAACCCCUCCAUCCAAGCCACACUCAAUAAGAUGACACUUUCCUCAUCCCUCAAUAGCCACCCACAGCCGGCUGUGGCCAACGCCUCUGCUCUCCACCCCUCGCUUCGUCUCUUCUCCCUUAGCAACCCGUCUCUUUCUACCACAAACCUGAGUGGCCCCUCUCGGCGCAGGCAGCCACCGGUCAGCCCUCUCACACUCUCUCCUGGCCCUGAAGCACAUCAAGGUUUCAACAGACAGCUGUCUGCAACCAGCCCACUGAACCCAUAUCCAGCCUCCCAGAUGGUGACCUCAGAGCAGAGCCCACUUUCCUUCCUGCCCACAGAUGCUCAAGCCCAAGUGUCUCCACCGCCCCCGUACCCCACCCCCCAGGAGCUGCCUCAGCCACUCCUCCAGCAGCCUCAUGGCCAGGAGCCCCCAGCCCAGCAGCCCCAGACAGCUCCCUCCCUGCCACAGUCAGACUUCCAGCUCCUCACAGCCCAGGGCUCAUCUCUGACCAACUUCUUCCCAGAUGUGGGCUUUGACCAACAGCCCAUGAGGCCCAGCCCUGCCUUUCCUCACCAGGUGCCUUUGGUGCCGCAGAGCCACCGCGAACCACAGGACUCAUUCCACUUGAGACCAAACCCAUAUUCCAGCUGUGGGAGCUUCCCGAGCACCAUCCUGACAGAAGAAGCAAGCACCAACCUGUUCAAAGGCCUUAGUGGGGGGCUGUCGGGCAUGCCUGAGGUCAGCCUAGACAUGGACACUCCGUUCCCACUGGAAGAGGAGCUGCAGAUAGAACCCUUGAGCCUGGAUGGACUCAACAUGCUAAGUGACUCCAGCAUGGGCCUGCUGGACCCCUCUGUGGAGGAGACGUUUCGAGCUGACCGGCUAUGAACAACAUGCAGUGGAACUGGGGAACUGAAAUGGCCAGAAUAAGCUAGAAUGGAGCCAGUAACACCCUGACAGUAGUCAUAGCAGAGGGAGCCAUGCUGCCCCAGGCUCUCCACUGAGGUCCCAGCGCAGAUGCCCGCCCA